AUGGUGGUGGUGCAGUUAGAGUCAAACGGCAGUUCUAUGGACCAAUGUAUGGUGGUGGAUUUGGAGGAUAUCCGUAUCCGUAUGGCGGAAUUGGUUUUGGCCGAGGCUGGAGUUUCACAGGACCAUUCGGCAUUUCAGCCGGUGGUUUCCGAGGAUUUUCGUUUGGAUAAAAAAGUGGCAGAUAUGUUGUCGGCUGACCCCACUGUUCUCGUAAAUGGCUAA